CACGCGUCGCAAUUGAUAUCAUGAUAUGGGCGAAUCCCAUCGGGUACACCCCGCAUCCCCUCAACCGAAAUGACUCCGACUCCGUUAUUGUUAUGAUAGUCAGUCGCAAAAAAUUCGCCAACCGUACCAGACUUGUCGUGAGCAGUUUUUGUACCAUUAGAGACUUUGGUUACAUCAGGGAAUCAGCCGCAACAAUACAGAGAUACAAUGAAUAUAAAUAGAGCUGGGCUCGGCGAGUUCUGUGUAGUAGAAUGGAUCCAGGGCAGUAAAGCCGGUACGCGUGAGACGGUGUCGCGAGACUUAGUCGAGUUACAGCCUGACGUAGGACCUGGCGCCUGCAAAGUCCGUUCUCCAUUUUCUAACCAGUAUUCUCCUGCAGUUUUGCACUUUCAUAAUGACGAUAUUAAGUGUAUCUCGAUGUUCAAAUUGCUGUCAACUAACACAGCGGAGAAGAACGCCGUGGUCCCGAGCGACAAAGCCUCACGAAAGCGCCAAAGACAGCGUUCGCCGCGGGCAGUUCAGCGAGUGGGGGCAGGACAUACAGACCUAGGACAUGACGGGCCACGUGACUCGACGGACGAGCUUCGGUACAUCGUUCUUCAGUUCAUCUCCGAUUCAUCUCAAGAAUAUGAUCCUUUGCGUCCACAGUACGCUUGUGUGCCGAGGAGCUGGAUAAAAGCAAGCACCGGCACUAGCCUGGCCGCCGGCACCUCCUGUAUGGUGGCUUGGCCGGCCCAGAUGAGCGGCGCUAAGGCAGACAUGGAGGAGCUCGGCUCUAGGGCUUGCCAUGGUUGCUCGCCCUCGCCCAAGUGGGGUUUCCGGCGCUUCAACUGCGUGCACGCCACAGCUAACUAUGACGCUGGCCAGGAUUGGAUUCGGACAAUGACAAAAGGUCAGGCGAUUUACUCAGGUGACCCUCGUCCGGCCAAGAUGCCCCGCAUUUCCGACUCUUCUCGCCGCUUCACCGGCCUCCAGCUUACCAACACGCCACUUCCGUCAAUAAGCGCAGUCGUCAAUGAGCUCCAUGAAAUGUCAGUCUGUCAUGACACAGACGACUGCUCUUCAGACUUGCCGGCGCCGUAUAAUACAGAAGAGUUUCGAAAACUUAUAACAACAUAUAAUUGUAUCCCGAAGCGUCAACGACCCGCGAAUUCUGUACCAGAUCAUACGGUCGCACCUACACCAGUUCUCGACUCACUCGCUAAUCUUCCCUACUUAGAACCUUUACGAUCUACCUCAAUCCGUGAAAACUCCUCUUCUGCUGCUAGAAAAUCACGUAAAACUACAUCGUUUUCUACUUCAGCGAAAGUUAUGUUUCAUAAUGCACCAUCGACUUACACAUCAGAGAUAGGAAGCCUCCAACGACCCUCAGUACCUACCCCCCUGCCACCAUCUAAUCUCGCACCAGCCCCGUCUAUCCCGUCAUUUGCGUCGUCUUCAGUGCCUACCCCCCUGCAACCAUCUAAUCUCGCACCAGCCCCGUCUAUCCCGUCCCUGCCACCAUCUAAUCUCGCACCAGCCCCGUCUAUCCCGUCCCUGCCACCAUCUAAUCUCGCACCAGCCCCGUCUAUCCCGUCCCUGCCACCAUCUAAUCUCGCACCAGCCCCGUCUAUCCCGUCCCUGCCACCAUCUAAUCUCGCACCAGCCCCGUCUAUCCCGUCAUUUGCGUCGUCUUCAGUGCCUACCCCCCUGCAACCAUCUAAUCUCGCACCAGCCCCGUCUAUCCCGUCCCUGCCACCAUCUAAUCUCGCACCAGCCCCGUCUAUCCCGUCCGUGCCACCAUCUAAUCUCGCACCAGCCCCGUCUAUCCCGUCCCUGCCACCAUCUAAUCUCGCACCAGCCCCGUCUAUCCCGUCAUUUGCGUCGUCUUCAGUGCCUACCCCCCUGCAACCAUCUAAUCUCGCACCAGCCCCGUCUAUCCCGUCAUUUGCGUCGUCUUCAGUGCCUACCCCCCUGCAACCAUCUAAUCUCGCACCAGCCCCGUCUAUCCCGUCAUUUGCGUCGUCUUCAGUGCCUACCCUCCUGCAACCAUCUAAUCUCGCACCAGCCCCGUCUAUCCCGUCAUUUGCGUCGUCUUCAGUGCCUACCCUCCUGCAACCAUCUAAUCUCGCACCAGCCCCGUCUAUCCCGUCAUUUGCGUCGUCUUCAGUGCCUACCCUCCUGCAACCAUCUAAUCUCGCACCAGCCCCGUCUAUCCCGUCAUUUGCGUCGUCUUCAGUGCCUACCCCCCUGCAACCAUCUAAUCUCGCACCAGCCCCGUCUAUCCCGUCAUUUGCGUCGACUUCAGUGCCUACUACGAUACAGUCUACUGCUGCUUCAGUCCCUUGUAGCGAAUUAUUAUCUUUUACUUCAGCCAUCUCUCUACAAUAUGUCUCACCAGCCACCUCUACUCCUUUACUUCCCUUAAUUCCUUCAACUUCAGUAGUGACUCCCUCGCAAGCUUCUACUUCUGUAGACCACACUUCUACCACCGUAUCCUCUUCCAUCGCUCGCACGACACUUCCUAAAGCCCAAUCUCCGUCUACCACGACGCGAGCCGAACCUAACUCGUCACAAAUUAUUACUAAACGGCAGAUUCGAUAUGAAUUCAUUAAUUUAAUAAGUAAAAUUACUGUACUAGAUGAAGAUUUAGAAAAAAUGUGUACCAGUACCGUGAAAGGAAUUCAUUCGAGUUCUUUAAAAUUUCAAGAAUCUAUGAAACCUUUUUACAAUUAUUGUUUAUCAAAAAACAAUGACGUCGCCGUAGAAGAAAAUUAGAUUUAGCUAAUUGUUUUACUUAGGCUCGAUAGGGAUUAUACUAUUAAGACAGUACGGUUCCAGGUCAAGUUCCGGGGUGCUUUAAAUAAUAGAGGAUUUUAUUUUUACUCUAUAUUUAUACACUCCGUACAAUAGAAUAUGCGAAAUGAUGUUAAUUGCUAUGAAAGGAAUGAAUGCAAUAAUGUACACUAUACAUUUUAGUGACAACAAUAUAAAGAAUUUUAGAAAUUGAAAAUUGAGUGGGAUUCGUGACGCUUAUAAAACUAAGAAAGCCCGACUGAGCAAUAUGUACAGCUCGGCUCGGCUCUGACAAAGAUUAAAAAUAAACUCUCAGAUAUU